AUGGGGACCGAACGAGAUGGCUUCUUCUCAAUCCGGGCGAAUGAUUUCGCCGAGCAUCCAGUCAACAGCCUGAGAUCGCCAAGCCGAUCACCGCAGUGCCGUCCGAAUCUGGUUGCUCAGCCGUCCGGCCUCUUCUUUGACGUAAGUCAGUCCUCAACUGGCUAUACACAUAAACCGACUCCCAGUCAGGCCUUUAAGCAAAGUAAGGCAGGUGGGCACGCAAGUCCAAACGGUGGAGGGAAAAGUGCUGGAAUGUCUGUACACCACGACGAAUUACGCACGACGACUGCAUAG